AUGUUCUUCUUUCGCCUCCACCCUCCUCCAGCUCCGUACGUCUCGAUAUCGUCAUCAUCCGUCUCCUCCUCCUUAUCCUCCUCCUCCUCUUCGUCAUCGUCGUUAUCCUCGACCUCCUGUCUCGCCUUCCCUUCGCCUCCCGUCGCCAUGGCCACCACCGCGUGUCUUCUGCCGGUUCUGCCCGGUCGAACGCCUGGUCCUAUGGCCGGCGUCGUCUCGAUACCGACUGUUUGCCCGACUGUCGGACUCACGACAAGUCAACACAAAGCCUGUCCAACUGUUACUCAAAAUGGUGUGAAUUUGAGCACCGGUGCCACGACGGCUGCGGCCACAGCUGCGGCCGUCGUGGCUUUGGGCGCCGGACGACGUAGAAAGGCGAGAACCGUCUUCUCGGACAGUCAAUUAAACGGACUGGAGAAGCGCUUCGAAAGUCAACGCUACCUCUCCACUCCGGAGAGAAUCGAGCUGGCCACACGUCUUGGACUGUCGGAAACUCAGGUCAGUAGUUCACAUGCAUUUGGCGACAGUAAAUAG